AUGACAAAACAAAAGUUUACGAGACUUGCGACAGAGAGCGAACAUAAUCUUACGUCACAGCCAGCUAUGCCUUUACAAACUCUUUCGCCUCCAAACCAGGCGGCCUCUACUAGUCCCAUUAGUUUCGAUGCACCUCCUCACGUUGUUCAUUUUGCGCAAUUGCCUCCACCCCGAAGGAGCUCCCUUCCAAACAUAGAUAUGGAAGAUGAGUGGCCUUUUACCGAAAUUCCGCAAGAACUUAGAACGGCAGAAGAAAAUUACAACUCAAACGCUGCCAAUAAUACAGAAGCAAAUUCGAUGCGAACCGAUUGGAAGAGAGAAUUAUUCCUUUUGCUGGAAGAUCCUUCCUCAAGUAACGCCGCUUUUCUGGUGAAUGUGUUUGUGUCUUUCUCAAUUGUACUUAGUGCAGUUCUAACUACUGUUGAGACAAUACCUUCAUUUAGGUCCACAUCGAGUUCCGUGUGGUUUAACUUUGAAACGACUAUAGUAGUUUUCUUCACAUUAGAGUACGGGUUACGUUUAGUUGCACAUUCCGAUUCAUUUCGCCAAUUAUGGCGAUUCGUAAAAGCUCCUCUCGCUGUCAUAGACUUUAUUGCCAUUGCACCUUAUUAUAUCGAAUUAAUGUUUCAUCAUGAUACAACCUAUGAUUUUCGAUUUACUAUCCUUCGGUUGUUUCGCCUUCUUCGCGUCUUCAAAGCCUUCAAAUAUUCUUCCACGAUUAUCAUGACUAUUGAAGUGAUGAUAGUUGCUGUAAAACGAAGUAUGGAUGCUUUGGGAGCAUUAUUUUUCUUCAUGGUGACAAGUAUUGUACUGUUUUCAACUUUAUUAUAUUUUGCGGAACGUGGAACUUGGGAUCAGGAAAAGAAAGUAUUUGUUGAUAGUAAAGGAUAUCCUAGUUCCUUUGAUAGUAUUCCAUCAGCUUUUUGGUUUGUUAUGGUUACUAUUACUACAACAGGAUAUGGUGAUAUGGUUCCCACUACAUUUAUAGGAAAAUUGAUAGCAUUUCCCGCAAUGAUGUGCGGGAUUCUUUUAAUUGCCUUACCAUCAAUUAUUGUUGGAAGAAAUUUUACAUUAGUAUGGGAGGCAAUGCGUCAAUAUCGUCGAUCAAAUGCCAAUUCUCGGGUAAACAAUAACCAAAAUGGGACUGAAGAGGACGAAGGAUUUACUUUGGGUCCUGAUUUACGAGCAAGUUUUGAAAGUACACAUUCUUUUGUAUCUCAUGUACCUCGCGGAUAUUCUUCAAUGAACGAAGAAUUAAUAGCUAAUCAGGAUACAUUGUUGGAACAAAUGAGUACUUUAAUAAAAUUAUCAAAACAAAAUCAAGCUGCCUUGGAAAGAAUUCAACAAUCCUUGGAGCAAAAUGGAAUACAAUGUGAUGUGUAUGAAGAGAAAGAGAAAGAGAAGGAGGCAAGGAAUAACUUGACAAUACCGGAAAAAAUUGCAACAGGAGGAUCCUGA